CUAGUACAUAAAUGUGCCACAUAUUAGACAGACAACGUUGUUGGUUUGUGUGUGACUGUAACUCCAAAUUUUCACAACUCUCAAGCGAUUCUGAAUCAAACCCAGAAAAGCUGAGCUAUUUCCAUAUACGGUAGAGGAACAAAAUCCCAGAAAGAUUCUGUGCUGAAACAAGCUAUUGUUCUUUUCUUUGUGCACUGGUACGAGUCCUCAGGUUCUCAUAUCCUUUUGUGACUUUGAGUUGGUGUUAUUAGAAGAACCUUAUAGAACCCCCCUUCAAAGAAAAGCUAUACCAUAGAGUAUGUGCAAAUUCAAGCAGCUUUUGGGUUUGGUUUAGUUUGAAGAAAGAAAGCAGAUCCUACUUGAGCAUUUUGUAUGUGCUAUUUUCAAGAACAAGCCAGUAACUUUUGAAGUUGAAGAAAAGUUUUUAGAGUUUGUCAAGACAAUAAUUCAGGAAUCUCCAGGAGAGACUAUUAUGAGUCUUUUGUAUAGUCCUACCUUCAAAUAUUCAGAUGUGAAGCUGAAAAAGAAUCAUCUAGAUUUCAUGGACUCCAAUACUUACCAUCAUCAACAACAAGAACAAGAACAACAACAACAUCAACAACAGCACCAGCAUAAUUCUGGUCUAAUGCGUUAUCGCUCGGCUCCAAGCUCAUUGCUUGCAAAUCUUGUUGAUGGUAGCAUUAAUGGUGGUGAAGGUGGUGUUGGAUGUGAGGAUUAUCGGGAUCUUCGAUCAUCGAAUCCAGAAGUGGAGACCAUGUUGGCAACGUUCAUGACAUCGUGCAAUGGCUCAGGAGAUUCAAAUUCUCAAAUGGUUUACCAAGCUCAAGCUGCCCAACAAGUUCAAGCUUUGCCAAAUCAUAAUUCAGUGGGUGCUGGGACUAAUUUGGAUAGCUCUUUUAGUGGUUUGAACUCUGUAGGAUUAGAGAAUUCUAUGCAAGCAAAAAUGGGCGCAGGAAACCGCUCCAAUCUUGUUAGGCAAAGUAGCUUACCACCCGUGCUUUUCUCUGAUUUAACAAUGGAUAAUGGCUUUGCUGUGAUGAGGGAUGUGAGAACUUUUAGAGCUUGCAAUGAUACAAAUGGGGAAGCCAGCCCAUCAAUGACUAAAUUGAAUGAUCAAUUAAGCUUCUCAGCCCGGCGUUUGCCUCAAAUAGCUGAAAUAGGGAAUGAAAUUACUAGCCCGGAGGAUCAAAGUCUUGGAAAUGCUAAUGGUAGCAAUCAACAGUACAUCCCCAAGUUCACAAGUGAUUCUUGGGAUGAAUCUGCAUUCAAUAGCCUUAGAAGAGCCAGAGACAAUGAAGGAAACAUGUUCACAACUUCAAAUGCAUUGGAAACUCAGAAUGCUGAUUCUGGAAACCACACCCAUCGUUUGACUCAUCAUUUAAGCUUGCCUAAGACUUCUGUUGAGAUGGCAAAUAUAGAGAAGUUUUUGCAAUUUCAAGGUUCUGUUCCUUGUAAAAUUAGAGCCAAAAGAGGCUGCGCCACUCAUCCGCGAAGCAUUGCAGAGAGGGUGAGAAGAACACGUAUUAGUGAAAGGAUGAGGAAACUGCAAGAGCUUUUCCCAAACAUGGACAAGCAAACAAACACAGCAGAUAUGUUAGAUUUGGCAGUUGAGUACAUUAAAGACCUUCAGAAACAGGUUAAGACACUCACGGAUACAAAGGCAAAGUGCUCGUGUUCAAGUAAACAGAAGCAAUAUUCAAAUCAUUCUGCCUAAUUUCUUUCUGUACAGAUAGUGUUAGGAACAAGGCAAAGUAACCAAGAGUGCAACACUGACUUCUCUUUUUCCAAUUCACUGAAGUAUAAUAAAAUGUUAGGAGAUUGUGGGUGUGACAAAUAUGUAUCUUCUUACUUUCUUUGUAAGAUAAAGAUCCAAUAGGUUAAUAUCCUAUCGUUUAUGUCAAGGGAAAAAGAAAUUAAUAACCAAAUCUUUUUUUCAAA